GCUAAGCGACUAGUAGUCGGCUCUAUACAUCUAAUCACACACACACACUAUACAACAACAAACAACGUGUUUAAACGCCGUUGCCGUGCCCAGUCCGUGUUCGAUCGGCGGAUCCGACCGCAGUGCCGUCGUGUUUAUUAUUGUUAUUUUUUUUUUUAUCCGCUACACAUUUUAGACACCGCCGAGUGAGUGUGUGUGUGUGUGCAUCGUGAUACUGCAGCAAAGUAACUCGCGGUACUCGUACCGCGAUAUUAUUAUUAUCAUUGAUAAACCCGCGUUUGACUGAAAGUUUUUCGCAACUGCAGUUGUCGGCGAGCGGUGUGUUUUUUUUUAUCCUCUACCGCCAGCCGACCGUCGUCGUGACGAAGCGUCCGCGAGAACAUUGUUAUGACAUCGACGACCGUAACCGCCGGGACGCAGCCGUGUGGUCGAUGAACGCCGUUUGUCUCUGGUUGUCCGUGUGUGUGUGCGUCUCUCUCUUUCUCGCACACUCUUUUUUGCUCUCUCCGUCUCUCCCGUCCGUCCGUCCGUUCGUCUCUCCCCGUUAAACGCCGCCGCCGCCGCCGCCACCACCCCCCGUCCGUCGUCGCGAUGGUGAUGAUGACGAUGACGACGAUGAUACCGCUGCUGAUACCGCGGCCGCCGCUGCCGCUGAUACGUUGAUAACCGCCGCGCUGCCUUUGCGUGUUGUAUAAACAACAACAACGCCGCCGCCGCCGCCGCCGACGGGACCAUCACCGGAACGGACGACGGCGUCUGCUGCUGCUGCUGGUGUCUUCAUCAUUGCCGCGUACACGCGCGCUCGCCGGUCGUUUACACAAAACGACAACAACACGAAUAACUGUAUUGCCUUUGUUUUUUAUCAUUAAAAUUUAAAUAUAUUACUUUUUUUUUUAAAUUUAAUACUUACCUAACCGUGUUAACCGUGAACCGUGUGUGUCGUUAACCGCGCGCGCCACAAGUAUUUUCAAAAUUCGGCCAAGUACACGCACCUACCUACCUUUUGUAUAGUAGUAAUUGCCAAAAUCCGCGGCGUGCGAAAAUUUGAAAAAAACCGCUCAAUUUUCGGUUCUCAAGUUUUCAAGUCUUCUGUGUGUGUGUCCGGCUAUACAUAAUAAUAAUAUAUGGCCGCCAACAUGUACAGAGUCGGAGAUUACGUGUACUUUGAAACGUCCAACUCGACUCCGUUUCAAAUCAGGCGUAUCGAAGAGCUCAACAAAACCGCCAACGGCAAUGUCGAGGCCAAAGUGAUGUGCUUUUUCCGCCGUCGCGACCUGCCCAGCACUCUGAUCGUGUUGGCCGACAAACAUCAACAAGCCGCCUCUUCCACGUCGGACGAAUGCAGAGGCAUCAAAAAGAACACGGUGAUGUCGAUAAAACCGGGGAAAGACGGCGGUAGCACGACACACCAUCCGCCGCAACCCAACUCCGAUAGAGAGUGCAGUAACAAUUCCGCUGAAAACGACGAGUCUCCCGCGGCGGCGAUGGAUUGCUCAUCGUCGGCGGCCGAAAACGAGACAGAGACCAAAAUCGACGCCGCAGGGCCGGUGGCGGCGGCGACCACUAUCGAAAACGACGUCGGCAACAAUGAGAAAAAAGACGCGCCCAACCCGACCGUGCAGCACAGACUGAAACAGAGAGAGCUGUUCUUGUCGAGACAAGUGGAAACCCUGCCGGCGACUCACAUCCGCGGAAAGUGUUCGGUCACGCUGUACAACGAAACCGAAGCGUUUGACAGUUAUUUGGAUAGAGAGGACACUUUUUUCUAUUGUUUGGUGUUCGAUCCCAAUCAAAAAACCUUGUUGGCCGACAAAGGUGAAAUCCGCGUCGGUCACAAAUAUCAAGCGGAGAGUUUACCGACGCCGAAAACUGCGUCGAAAACCGCUUUGACCAACAACACUAGUGCGGCGGAAGACGGUUCCGAGAACAAUGGAGUCGACGAAGCAGUAGACAACAAGGACAGAGAUAGCGCAGACUUGGAAACUCUAGUGUGGACUUCGGCUCAUCAAUUGACCGACCGUCAGAUAGAUCAGUUUUUAGUCAUAUCCAGAUCCCUGGGAACGUUUGCUCGCGCCCUGGACUGUUCCAGUUCGGUGAAACAACCCAGCUUGCACAUGUCUGCGGCGGCCGCCUCCCGAGACAUCACCCUGUUCCACGCCAUGGACACGUUGCACAGGCACAACUACGACCUGGGAACGGCCACGUGUUCGCUGGUGCCCAGCACGGGCCCGGUGUUGUGCCGCGACGAAAUGGAAGAAUGGUCGGCCAGCGAGGCCAAUCUGUUUGAAGAAGCGCUGGAAAAGUAUGGCAAGGAUUUCAGCGACAUCCGCCAUGAUUUCCUGCCGUGGAAAACGCAAAAGAACAUUGUAGAGUACUAUUACAUGUGGAAGACUACCGACAGGUACGUGCAGCAGAAGCGCGUCAAAGCCGUCGAAGCAGAAUCAAAAUUAAAACAAGUGUACAUACCCAAUUAUAACAACAGCGGCAACAAAAACCAAAUUACCGGCUCCAAUCCCGCUGCGAUCAAAUCGUCGGCUCAUCACAAUCAAAUGGUCAACGGCAAUGCCAACGCACUAGAGCUGUACGGCGGCUCCGGAAAGAACUCGGGCGGAGUGUUGACUCCCGGCUGCUGCGACUCUUGCGACGUUACCAUGUCCACACAAUGGUAUCCUUGGUCGAGCAACGGCGGCAACGUGUACGCUUCAAACGCCGCAUCUCUGUGCCACGACUGUUGGACGUAUUGGAAAAAGUACGGCGGACUCAAGUCCACCAGUGGUGGCAGCAACAACGUGAACAGGAAAUCUGCAGCGAUCACAAAUGUCGGCAACAUGUCCGGCGACGAAGAGAGGCCGCUGUCAAACCAUUCGGCAACGUCGUUGGUGAUCAACCAGAACAGUAAAAGUUGCGGUGCCGGUGGCGUCGGCGGCGUUCCCGGUAACAAUUCGAAAUCCAUACAACAGCAAAUGUACAUGGCGCCGCACAGAUGCACGAUACUGGGUUGCGGCAAAGAGUUCAAAGUGAAAGCGCAGCUGUUGCGCCACUACAGCGGAGCGCACGGCAUAGGCAUCCACGGCGGAGAUUUGGCCGGGCCCGGCGGACCGAACACUACUGGCGGCGGUCCGUUACAGGGAGGGCCGCCGCAACAAUCGUUGCAACAACAAGUGCAGAACCAUUUGUUGGGCGGCUCCGGCGGAGUGAAUCUUUCUCAGCAGCACCAGCACCAGCAGCAGCAACAACAACAACAGCAACAACAACAACAGCAACAACAACAACAACAACAACAACAACAACAACAAGUCAUGAACUUGGUUUCUCCCGGCGGCCAAAACGCAGCUGCCGUCGCCGCCGCGGCGGCCGUUCUCAAUCAACAGCAGGCGGCCGGCGGAGGUGUCGGCGGCGGCAGUGGACGGCCAGUGAUGAAAACGCGAACCGCUUUCUACCUGAGAUCCACGCCGUUGGCCAAAGCGGCCAGGCGCGCUUGUUCCUUGCACCUGGUACCCGGAAGCGUGACCACCGGCAACGCUCAUCCCCAGCGAGCGUUGCGACCCAGGCACGUGGCCCGAUCCCCAUUCUCUUCCAUACCGAUCGCGCACUCGGUGAAACAAGAAUGCCAACUUCAGUUGCAAAACAAAACCAACGCCGAGCUCAAGUCGUACGUCAAGACGUUGUCCGCGGGCAGCGGAACCCGAGUGAGACAAGGCGUGACGUUGGUGGCCAACGCUUUGGCGGCGUCGCGGAACCGAGAGCUGACCGUGCCCGAGUGGCUGCGCAUUGGCGGCCAGAGCCACAAGCAGAAUAAACAUUUAGCGUUCCCGAAACCGCCAAAAGGACCAGACGGUAGCUUGCUGUACGAGAAAGUGCCCAACAAAGAACAAUUGUUACAAAUUCAACAACAACAACUGCAACAACAGCCCGGCGCUCCGUUCACCACCACGGACGUGUACAGCAACAACAGCAGUUCGAAGAGACGCAAUUACGAAGAAUCUAAUGGCGUUGUGCCCCAAGCCGGACCGCCUUCGAAACGCAUGCACAGGCCGUCGGCCAACAACCCUGCCCAGCCGUUGCUGCCGUCCUCGCCGGCCGACGCCAACGUACCGAGACCGGGCACCGCUCCGGCUCCGACAGCUCAACAACUCUUCGGCGCCGGAGUGCCGGCCAGCUCGGCAGCCGCCGUCGCAGCGGCCAUCAAUCAUUUGUCCAGCAACCCCCUGCUGGCACAACUGGGUGCUGCCGGCGGCGGUCCCGCUCAACCGGGAGCCGCCGUUCCCGGUGCCCCGCCGGGCGCUCAGCAGCAACAACAACAGCAGCUGCUCAACGGCGGCGGCGGCGGCACCGGCGGAUCGCUGGCGGCCAGCAGGACGCAGGGCAACCGGCCGCACGCCGGCGGCCGGACACCGUCGAUGCAGAGGACGGGCCGCAAGCACGUCAUCUCUUGGUCGGACGCACCGGACGACCUCUACUAUCUGUCCAACAGUUUUUCAAAGAAAUGCAGAAAGCAGAUCACGGGCAAACAGUUGCGAAGAGCCGCCCGCAAGCCGUGGAGACCCAUCCAGCCGGGCGGAGGAGCAACGGCGGUGGCCAGAGCCGGCGGCGGUGCGCCUCCGUCGUCCGGCGGCAGCGCGGCGUCGGCGGCCGCCAUGUGUCUGACCAUGCCGCCGUCGGCGGUGCAGCAACAACAACACCACCAACCCCCGUCGAUAGCCGACGCGCUCAGCACGUUGGGCAACCGACCGUUGAUUUCGUCGUCCGGCAUGGGCAUCAUGCAGUCGCUGAUACAGCCGCCCGGCGGGAUGGUCAUGCCGCCCACGUCGGCCACGCCGCCCGGUCUCAUGGGCUCCGCCGGCGCCGCCAACGUGUUGGCCGCGGCCGGCCUGAUGCAACACCAACAGCAGACGACGGCCAUCAAGGACUUUCUGGCGCGGACCGGAGCCGGCGGCGGAAGCGGCCACUAGUAGAAAUAUAAUUACAAUAUCACCGCCGCCGCUAUUGGUUUUUCAUUUUUUUUUGUAAUCAACCAAAAUGUAAUAAUAAUACUAUUUUUCACGACAUUUUUACUCUGCGGGGGGAGGGCACCCUCCCCUCUUUGCCUAGAUUAAUUAUUUUUCACAUUUCGUUUUUUUUUUAAUUAUAAAACUUUUUUUUUUUGUACAUGCAUUGAUUUAUAGCGCGCCAUUGUAAUACCUCCCCCCACCCCACCACCACCACCCUCACCCCCACCACCACUACUAUUACUGUUGUCUUGAAAGGGUUUUUGUUUUCUUUUGACAGAUACCGGUAACCGCAUACCGGAUUCGACGUUUCUCUCGGGGUGUUUGUAUUAUUAUUAUUUGCGCUUUUGUCGUCGUAUAUAUUAUGUAUUAAAAAACGACAACAUUUUUUUUGUACUCGACUACUCAAAACGUAUUAUUUCAAUUUUUUUUUGUCUACGUACACCACACGAUAUAUAUAUUUUCUUACCGAUUUUUCUCCACUUGAGCAUAAAAAAAAAACAAAUAUUUUUUUUGAAAACCCUUUUUGUGACAAUUUUUUAAAUUAUUAUUAUAUACAUACAUUAAUUAUAUUUAAAUAUGUACAAUACAUACAUACAUAAUACCGUAGAGUACAGUAAUUUUGCGUCUAUAUUUUGAAUUAAAAUGUGUCCCUACCUCCCUCCAUCCCUCUCCACCCUUAGAGUUUGCGUAUAUAAUUUUUAGUGUGUAAGUGUACAUAUAAAUGAUGAUGACGAUGAAAACCUCGAUUUAAGACAAUUUUUAAAAAUGUGUAACAACAACAAUUAUUAUUAGGACACGUUUCGAAAAAAUAAAAAAAAAUAUAUAUAAAAAAUAUA